AUGAUACGCCCUUUUGGCGUUGGAAUUUUUUUAUCUAAAUGUUAUAAACAUUUUUGGAAACAUACUGUUUUCAAACUCGAGAGAAUUUCUACAAUUGAGGAAACAAUUUUAAAAAGUGCCAAUAUUAUUGCUUGCACUUUGUCAUCGUGUUAUACGAGUUAUAAAAUGAAGAAUGUGUUUGCAAAUGGCGGCCUACAAAUUCCAUUUUGCAUCAUCGAUGAAGCAGCUCAAGCCACCGAAUUAUUAACAUUAGUACCGACGUUGUUGAGGAUACAAAGAUUGAUUUUGGUUGGAGAUCCACAACAAUUACCACCAACUAUUUUAUCCAACAAAUUUUGUUUAUUUAAUAACCGCUUUAAAGCGAAGGAAUAUGGAUACGACUCGUCGCUUUUUGCGAGGGCCCAACUUAUUUUUGAGCACGAAUUAGAAAACCCUAUUGUUAUGUUGGAUACGCAGUACAGAAUGAUGGAUGCGAUCGCACAGUGGCCUAAUCGUUAUUUCUAUGCAGGACUUUUAAAAAAUGCGGCAUCUGUAGCUCCAUUAGAUUUCUAUAAUUAUAAAGUAUUGAAUCAUUCGUUUUCACAAGACGCUGAUGGCCGAUCAAAUCCUAAUGAAGCUGUACUAGUGGCCAAUUUAAUUCGUGCUUUAAGAGAAAAAAGUAAGUUGAUAGAAUCAGAGAAGGAAAUUACUAUUGGCGUAAUUACACCAUAUCAAAAUCAACGUAAACUUAUUAAUUCAAUGAUAAAAACUCUUAACAAGAAAAAGGAGCAACCCAAACAAAUGAAAAUUAAAAAACGUUCUGAUAAAGAUGAAGAUGAUGUUGAUGGUAAUAUUGAUAAAAAUAAAAAUAAUCAAACAGAGAAUCCUGAAAAAGAAAACAUCGAUGCCAAAAACAACGAAGAAAUGAAUAAUGAAGACUGUAAAGAAAAUAGUGACAGUGAAGAUAGUACAGAUGAGGACGAAAAUAUGAUUACUGAUAUAAACAACUGUGAUAUAACAAUAAUUUCAGAAGCUGCUAAACUGGAAAUGAAAAAGAAAUUCGAAAAGAAAAAGAAAGAUAAAAGAGCUCAGAAAAAAGAAAAAGAUAACAAAGAUGGUGGGAAGAAAAGAGAUGGGGCUCCUAACCAAAAAAGAAUUGAAGUCAACACGGUUGAUAGUUUUCAAGGGUCUGAGUGUGAUAUAAUCGUGUUGUCAUGUGUUCGCAGCGAAGGAAUUGGAUUUGUUAAAGAUCCCAAUAGACUUAAUUGUCUUAUUCAUAUGCCUGGUAUAUUAAAUAUGGUAGCUUUAUGGUGUUUUGAAAAAAAUUAG